ACGGACGGUAAGCGAGCCCGAGAAGUGAGCCGGACGGACCUGGGACGCAAGGACGGGAGAGCGGUGACUGCAGCUGCUCGCGCAGGGAGAGGUUCGAUCUACAGGUAAAUUGCACGACGGCUAUGGCGAUUGACCGCGUUCGAGGAAGAAUUCACGUUGUUUGGAGGCUCCAAUUGGACUAGGGACAUGAGUCUUCGCAGCAGGCGAGCGAUCGGGGCCAAAUUGCGGUAGUUUGGAUGGAUUUGGGCUUCGAUUAGAAGGGUCGUAGGGUGGAGUGUGAGGUCGAUCGCUGUUGACAUGAUUAGACACCCCUUUAUGACUUCAUCAAACUUUCGUUCCCAGAUAUGGCUGUCUUCGAGUCAAAUGCGUCAUUGCCUGAAAACAAGCCCACUAGGCAAUGGGAUGCAUGGACACGUGAAGAGGAAGAAAAUUUCUUUGGGGCAUUACGGCAAGUGGGCAAGAACUUCGAGAAAAUCACCAGCCGAGUACAAACAAAGAACAAAGAUCAGGUUCGUCAUUACUACUAUCGCGUCAUUAAACGAAUGAACAAAAUUCUGUCUCCAAGCUUGGUAUUAGAUGCCAAGAACUCCAGCUAUGUGAAUAGUGCGAUGCUAAGAUGGUGGUCGUUGCUGGAAAAGCAUAGUUGCUCAGCUUCUAAACUGCGGUUGAAGCCCAGACGCUUUAAAACAUUUGUCACCGCUCUGGAGCACCAACUUUUGAAAGAUAGAAAGAAGCCGAAGAAGAAAUCCCCACCAUCAGCCUCCUCGAAGAAGCCCACAUUACCAACUGAAGCAUCUGAUGGGAUAUCGAUCGAGUCUGGGGAAUGUACUACGAGCGGAGUAGCUUCAAGUAAGGCAUCUCUGGAAGAACUCCAAAGCUCCCAAUCCGUUGUAGCAAGCCGAAGAACUGCCGUGAAACGUAAAGCCACCAACAAUGCAUCUAAAAAAUCGAGUACGAGGAGCGAAGCAAAGCGUCCUCCUAGGCCUCGUAAAAAACCUUCUGAUGGUAAACGCUCAAAGGCUGCUAACGCUGAGUUGGAGAAAGAAGGAAAUCUAGGGGUUGCAAAUGCAGUGCCGGAGUUGCUAGAGCGGGAUGCUGGAGCUGAGGGCAUUUUACCUGAUUCUGACUCAUCUAAUACAAACUGCAAAAGUCAUCCAAGAGGUAAUGAUGUGAUUGUGGAUCCUCGAACAGGUCAAAUUUCUUCAGCAACAUCUGCAGCGUUUUCAAAGUUGGUAUUACUGGACAAGCUUCCCAGCGAUCAUCCUUGUUUACGAGGGAGACCUCGGCUUGUGAAUGUAGUAGCGUUGGCAGGACCAAGUGGUGCAACAUCUGCGACACCUCCGCCAUCGUCAAAUGCAAAGGAUACUUGGCCUCCUUUGGAGAUUAUUCCAGACUUGAGCUUCGAAGCCCAGAAGUCGCUGGCGUUGCUUGGUACAAGAUGCAACAACUGCAGCAGCUUGAGAUGUACUGUUGGAGAGGAGAUGAAGAGUGACAGUACAGAUGCAAAAGUGAAGCUGCAAUUGUUCCCAUUUGAUGAUAAUAUCCGGAAGGCAUUAGAGCAGGAUGGUCUCAAUCCACAUCUAGAGUUGACUUUGAAAGCUCGGAAGAGUAUAUCUUCAGUUUUAAACCAUCUGACUCAAAAGUGGGGACGGUCUUCAAUCGCUUCUGGGGAGCUACGCCUUUUUCCUUUCAACACUCAAUGGUCCAGUUUAGCUUCACGGAAGAGCUGGAGUUAUCUUGAUUCCAAUGUGAGUGCAGCCGAGGUUCAUGCCACGCUUGGGAAUCCAGCAGUCUUCCGACUCAGAUAUGCCUGGAUCCCAAGCCGUGUGCUUGAGUCGUCUCCUGCAGUUCUUCAGCAAGUCACGGACACGUGUACCGAUGUGCUUUGUCCGGUGAAAGUGCUACCUGUUGGAGGUUCUUGUUCUGAGUUCUCAAAAUCCGUUCCGGUCUCAGCUGCCACAAUUGAAGCCAUAGCUCAACUUCCACCUCGGCUUCCUUCAAAGUUUGGUAGCACAAUUGGAGAGGACUGUUUGUCCGCUAGGACGGAGAUACCCUCCAUAGCUCCGGCCUACGCACCAAGCAAUGUGAACUCUUCAGACACGUCUGCUAUCCCCGUGCUUACUUCUUCAAAAUCUCAAGGUGUUGAGGCCGAAGACGAUGCUGAGCUGAAGGAGUGUGCCUCCUUUGAGGCUGUGGAGGGAAAUUCUGAAAUUGGGCGCCGAUCAAGUGUUACAAGCGUGUCACCCGUCAUUCAUGGUGAAGCAGAAGUCAUAGUGAAGGCUGCCUCUAAACUUCAAGAUGGUGCAGCUCAGCUUUCAGGUUGUGGUUGGAUGUAUGAAAGCACCGAUGGAUUUGCCCAGCAGCUCUGGACUCUGGAGGAUUCAUUGCGCAGCAACCAUGGAGUUUCGAUGGCUCAAAUGGAUUGGGUAGAUAGCCUGACAAACAUCAGCGUGAGUGAGUUACUGGGAGACGGAGUAUCUCGUCACGACUUCCCAGGAUGUGCACAACAAAACGGUGUCGACCAGCCGCAUUUAACCUCUCAAAUGGAUUCUUUUGAUAUAUCACUGUCUGUUCAACAGUCACAUAUGGAGCAGCCUUCAAUAGCAAUCUGGGGCGGUGAGGAAACUUGUGACGCUUUUUCAUUUCAAAAAGCUAUGGUUUCUGAUCAAAGCAUCAAGCAAACUGUCAACCCUUUGAACCAUGAAACGUCUUUGAGCUCCCUUGGGCUGGAUAUGACCUUUCGAAAUAUAGCUCCAUUAUGUUGGAGAGAGCAACUUCAAAGCUCUCAAAAUCAGGAUCUUCUGUUCGGUGGAGAAGCAUCCAUUGGACUGAGUGGUCUUAUCGAAGCACUUGCCGGCAAUGGAAGCUUGGAUGGAUUUCAAACCGAGCCCUUUAGUCAGCUUUCCGACGAACUCAAUGUUGACACAAGAGUCAAACAAGAAUUCGAAGUUAUGGGUAAAACCAAAGAAGGAAACGAUGAAGCUUGGGACGUGGCUCCCAAAAGUCUGAGGGUGCAGGUAUCACCAUCGAUUGGCAAUGUUGUUGACGAUUCUACUUCUCUAGUAGAUAACUUUGCUGAUAUCAGGAGUGACCUGUUGGAAGGGGCCAAGAAUGACGAGGGUCAAGAAAACACCGAGUUCUUUGUUGGAACAAAGAGUAGUCCGAUUGUUUCUGUUCAAGAUGGAGAUUCUGAUGUACCUACCAGGUCAGCCAGCUGUCGGCCUCAAAGGCAGAAAGACAGACGUCAAGCUUCGGGAUCACCUCCAAGACCCUUCAAAUUGAAUGCUCGUUAUACGAAUAUGCGUUCUCUCAAGCUUCAGACUUAACGUGAGAUGCGUACUGAAGUGUCAAGGUAUUCUUGAAUCGGACAAUCCAUUUCCAACAAAAGCAGCUCAAAGUAUCCUCCUUCAGCGAAUAAUUGUAACGAGCACGUGGAGGACACGGACUGGCAGGUUUUGUCUUCUACCCUGAGUUUCUUUUAUUUCUGGAGGAGCACAGAGCAAGAAGAUGCUUUGCUUUUUAUGUGAAGCAUGAACAAGCUCGGCAUGCCGUGUACGGCUCUUUCAAGCACCAAGCAAAAAGCUAGCAGUAUGGCCCGUCACAAGCGCAGAGCUGCUGGAACAUUUUGUCCAGCGUCUUGGAUGCAGGUGAAUUACGAAGAGCUGCCCGAGUUUGUUGAUUAUAAUGAAACUCGUCGCUCCUUCACAAGCUGGGAAUUGACAAAAGAUACCAAUAUUGAAUCGGGAGCGAACAAUUACAUUUCUUUCAUAUCUUGGCGUAUGAAUCCAUCAAAAGGUGGAACGCGAUCGCGGCCAUGGAGAUAUAAUGAGCCGCCAAUCUUCCGCCCGGCUACAACAUACAUGUUCACGUACCUCUGCGUGAGGCUUGAACAAACUGGACUUGGGGCAUUCAUGAUGCCUUCUUGUAUCUAUUUCCUAAGCCUAAGCUCACGAUCAGGAAUGUGGUUGGCGCAUGUUCGCUACCGAGUAAACAUCUUGUUCUUGAGUAGGCAUUUGUAACAUAUAUUGUCCAGUACAGAAGAGAACUUGCUAAAGACAGAGCUGAAGCAAUCACUAACAUACAACUGUUGACGAUCAACCUGGGCGAUACUGAUGUGUUUUGGUACAUAAACAUGUAAAAAUUAGAUGUAGUUGCAGGCAAUGCUUUUGAUUGGCGUAUUCAGCAUCAACCCUGAAGACAAUCUGGCUUUCAUUGCAAAGUUGUGUACCAUCAUUGUCAGCAGGUCCUGACGCUGUCUUGGUUCGGUUUCUUCUUGGAUCUCGUACAAAUUAGUAUAAUUGAUCAUACAUCAUUUAAUACUGGACUGAGUGCAGGUUAUUGUGCGACUAAAUCAUGACUCAGAACCGGUAGAGUAGAAUAGCUUCACGUUAGGUACACAAAGUCGGCAUGGCCGCUGACAUAGAGAUAGGAAAAAGAAGCUUGUUUAGAACUCUCACUCUUCUCAAGUGGAGUUCAAACUGGAUUGAUUAUAACGGGUUACGUGAUUGUAUCGG